AGCGGAGAGGGAAGGGAGGGGCUGCGGCGGCGCUGGCACAGCCCGCCGGGCCCGGGGCCGGGGGCGGCGAGGUCACGUAACGGCUGCUCUGGCGUCUGCCCGGGGAGGGGGCGCCCUCCCCGGCAGCCGGAGCCCUCCUGCGCGCGGCUCCGAAACAGUUACCGGCUCGUAAACAACAGCUGCGCGCGCACCCGCAUCAGCUGGCGCCGGGAUUCAGCACCUGCGACCUCCUCUUCCCCUCAUCCCCGCUGCCCCCUCCUGUUCAGCCUGGGCCAGCCUACGGGGCCGUCUCCUCUCUUGCUAGGACCCGAAGGAAGAACGGCGAGGGCCUGACCUGCGCCGCGGCCCUGGUCGGGGAGAAGGCGUCCUCCGGCAAAGGGGUGGCCCGUCCUGUCACACGCAGGAGAAACCCAGCGAGCAGACCGUGGGCUCGAUGGACUAGCAACGACCUGCCACGACCCUGAGCUGCAGUCCGAGGGGUCUCGAUCCGCUCGCUAGCCGCCCCCUCCCAGAUCCAAGGGACCGUUCUGCCCGAAGAGCGGGCGUGCCACCCCCGCAGACCUCUUGGAGAGGAGAAUCCGCUCUGCCCCUGCAUCCUCUGCUCACCCUUUUCUCCUCAUUCUCCUGUAUCCAGUAGUGUGGGGUAUUUUUCUCGUUAUGCAUGCUCAUCUCUCCCACCAGACCCAAGUGGAUUAUUGGCCUCAAAAACAUCGGGUGACUCUCCACACACCUCCCAGCCAAACCUGUGGGGUAUUCACCUGAUACACAACAGGUGGCCGGGUGUACACCAUUUCGCAAUCUGAUCUGUGCUGUAUUCGCCUGAUAAGGGUGGGCCUGCGCGCACUUUGCUCAACUAGAACCGUGGGACAUUUACCAGAUAAAAAAGACUUAACUACCUCGGCGGAAACCUGGGGGUCGAGGGGAGAAACGCUUCACCAGCUUCUCUUGAGACCAUGGCGCUGGGGCCGCAGUGCUGGACCAGGGGAGAUAGCUAGAUAACUUUUUUUUUUCCCCCUGAAGAAAGGAAGUUACACGAGUUUGGCAUCGUUUUGUCUUUUUUCCUCCUUAAAUAUUCAAUGGUAGUGCACUUUCUGGGAUAGUCUGUUUGAAUUCUGAGAAGGAACUUUUUGUGGUGUAAAUCAAGGUUAUUGAAGGUUUUUUUAAGUUAUCUUUUCUAUUUUACAAUCAAAAGUAGCUAGCGUAGGAGGAAGGAUUUUGCGGGGGUUUCCUUUUUUCUUUGUUCUUAUAAAGGAAAAGAGAAAGAAUAAUGCAUCCUCCAGAAACCACCACCAAGAUGGCUUCAGUUCGGUUCAUGGUGACACCAACAAAGAUCGAUGACAUUCCUGGUUUGUCAGAUACCAGCCCGGACCUCAGCUCCCGGUCCAGUUCUCGAGUAAGAUUUAGCUCACGGGAAAGUGUGCCGGAAACAAGCCGGAGUGAGCCCAUGAGUGAGAUGUCUGGAGCCACCACUUCACUGGCAACUGUUGCACUGGAUCCGGCUAGUGACCGAACUUCUAACCCCCAGGAUGUCACGGAGGACCCGAGUCAGAACUCCAUCACAGGGGAACACAGCCAGCUGUUAGAUGAUGGGCAUAAUAAGAAAGCUCGAAAUGCUUAUCUCAAUAAUUCCAAUUAUGAAGAAGGAGAUGAAUAUUUUGAUAAAAACCUGGCACUCUUUGAGGAAGAAAUGGACACAAGACCAAAGGUAUCUUCUCUCCUCAACCGUAUGGCCAAUUAUACUAAUCUGACACAAGGAGCGAAGGAACAUGAAGAGGCAGAGAACAUCACUGAGGGGAAAAAGAAGCCCACCAAGACCCCUCAAAUGGGUACUUUCAUGGGUGUCUACCUCCCCUGUCUACAAAAUAUUUUUGGAGUGAUCUUGUUUCUACGCCUUACAUGGGUUGUGGGCACGGCAGGCGUUCUUCAGGCCUUCGCAAUCGUCCUUAUCUGCUGCUGCUGUACAAUGUUGACUGCUAUCUCCAUGAGUGCCAUUGCCACUAAUGGAGUGGUGCCAGCUGGAGGCUCAUACUUUAUGAUUUCCCGGGCCCUGGGCCCAGAGUUUGGUGGGGCUGUUGGCCUCUGCUUUUAUCUUGGUACCACAUUUGCAGCAGCCAUGUAUAUCCUUGGUGCCAUUGAAAUUUUUCUGGUAUAUAUUGUCCCCCGAGCUGCCAUCUUUCGUAGCGAUGAUGCACUCAAGGAAUCAGCAGCCAUGCUAAAUAACAUGCGUGUCUAUGGCACCGCGUUCUUGGUUCUCAUGGUAUUGGUGGUAUUCAUCGGUGUGCGCUAUGUGAACAAGUUUGCCUCACUUUUCCUGGCCUGUGUCAUUGUGUCCAUCUUGGCCAUCUAUGCUGGAGCCAUCAAGUCUUCUUUUGCCCCUCCACACUUCCCGGUCUGCAUGCUGGGUAACCGCACCCUUUCAUCAAGACACAUUGAUAUUUGCUCUAAGACCAAGGAAAUUAACAACAUGACAGUACCAUCAAGGUUAUGGGGCUUCUUCUGUAACUCAAGUCAGUUUUUCAAUGCCACCUGUGAUGAAUACUUUGUUCACAAUAAUGUCACUUCAAUCCAGGGCAUUCCUGGAUUGGCUAGUGGUGUCAUUACAGAGAAUCUUUGGAGUAAUUACCUACCAAAGGGAGAGAUCAUUGAAAAGCCCUCAGCCAAAUCUUCUGAUGUCUUGGGCAGCUUAAACCAUGAGUAUGUCCUUGUUGACAUCACCACCUCUUUUACUCUUCUGGUGGGGAUCUUCUUUCCUUCUGUCACAGGUAUCAUGGCUGGAUCAAACAGAUCUGGAGAUCUGAAAGAUGCUCAAAAGUCUAUUCCCAUUGGCACUAUCCUCGCCAUCCUGACCACCUCCUUUGUCUAUUUAAGCAAUGUUGUCCUUUUUGGUGCCUGUAUUGAAGGUGUUGUUCUCAGAGACAAGUUUGGGGAUGCUGUGAAAGGUAAUCUGGUGGUGGGUACCUUAUCUUGGCCAUCCCCAUGGGUGAUUGUUAUUGGCUCCUUCUUCUCCACAUGUGGGGCUGGACUUCAGAGUCUCACAGGUGCACCAAGACUGCUCCAGGCUAUAGCCAAGGAUAACAUCAUACCCUUUCUGAGGGUUUUUGGUCACAGCAAAGCCAAUGGGGAACCUACCUGGGCUUUACUUCUAACUGCCGCCAUUGCAGAGCUGGGAAUCCUUAUCGCCUCCCUGGAUCUUGUGGCCCCAAUUCUUUCUAUGUUUUUCCUCAUGUGUUACCUCUUUGUGAACUUGGCAUGUGCCUUGCAAACAUUACUUCGAACACCCAACUGGAGACCCCGGUUUCGCUACUACCACUGGGCCCUCUCUUUCAUGGGAAUGAGUAUCUGUCUGGCUCUGAUGUUCAUUUCUUCCUGGUAUUACGCUAUUGUAGCUAUGGUGAUAGCUGGUAUGAUCUACAAGUACAUCGAGUACCAAGGAGCGGAGAAAGAAUGGGGUGAUGGAAUCCGUGGGCUGUCCCUCAGUGCAGCCCGAUUUGCUUUGCUUCGGCUGGAGGAAGGACCUCCACACACUAAAAACUGGAGGCCUCAGUUGCUUGUAUUGCUGAAACUAGAUGAAGACUUACACGUCAAGCAUCCUCGCCUCCUCACCUUUGCUUCACAGCUUAAAGCAGGAAAGGGCCUCACUAUUGUGGGCUCUGUUAUCGUGGGGAACUUCCUGGAGAACUACGGGGAAGCUCUAGCUGCUGAGCAGACCAUAAAGCAUCUAAUGGAGGCAGAGAAGGUGAAAGGGUUCUGCCAGCUGGUGGUGGCGGCCAAGCUGAGAGAGGGCAUUUCCCACCUCAUCCAGUCAUGUGGCCUUGGGGGCAUGAAGCACAACACCGUGGUGAUGGGAUGGCCUAAUGGCUGGCGCCAGAGUGAAGAUGCUCGAGCUUGGAAGACUUUUAUUGGCACAGUUCGAGUGACAACUGCUGCCCAUCUGGCCCUGCUGGUGGCUAAAAACAUCUCCUUCUUUCCCAGCAACGUGGAGCAGUUUUCUGAGGGCAACAUUGAUGUGUGGUGGAUUGUGCAUGAUGGGGGGAUGCUCAUGCUCUUACCAUUCCUACUUAAACAGCACAAGGUGUGGCGAAAAUGCAGCAUACGGAUCUUCACAGUAGCCCAGUUAGAAGACAAUAGUAUUCAGAUGAAGAAGGACCUGGCCACCUUCCUCUAUCACCUGCGCAUUGAGGCAGAGGUGGAGGUGGUGGAGAUGCAUGACAGUGACAUUUCAGCUUAUACUUAUGAGCGCACCCUGAUGAUGGAGCAGAGAUCCCAGAUGCUCCGGCACAUGCGACUGUCCAAAACCGAGCGGGACAGAGAGGCACAGUUGGUGAAAGACCGGAACUCAAUGCUGCGAUUGACCAGCAUUGGCUCUGAUGAGGAUGAAGAGACAGAAACCUAUCAGGAGAAGGUGCACAUGACUUGGACAAAAGACAAGUACAUGGCAUCCCGGGGACAAAAGGCCAAGUCGAUGGAAGGAUUCCAGGACCUGCUUAACAUGCGUCCGGACCAGUCCAAUGUGAGGAGGAUGCAUACAGCAGUGAAACUCAAUGAGGUUAUAGUUAACAAGUCCCAUGAAGCAAAGCUUGUUUUGUUGAAUAUGCCAGGGCCACCUCGAAACCCUGAGGGUGAUGAAAACUACAUGGAGUUCCUAGAAGUGCUCACCGAGGGACUAGAGCGAGUCCUCCUUGUCCGAGGUGGUGGCAGUGAAGUGAUCACCAUUUAUUCAUAAUCUACUCCUGAGUGACUCUGCUUGGCCUCACCUUUCCUAAAAGGCUUCCAUCCUUCGUGGAAGUGCCAGCUCUUUACUACUACUCCCAUCAAGUAGGCCUGGGUUCUGUACACAUCACACUGAACUCUUGACAGGCUGAGCCUCAAGUACUUGUGCAAAAAAAGUACAAAUAGUUCUGUUCUUUGCUGUCAUAUGAUCUGCCAUCCUUACAGAAGAAGCAAAUAUUCCCUCAACAUUGGAACACUGGUCAAGUCCUAAAAGCCAUGUCUGUCCCAGUUGAAGUCAAGUUAGAAUUAACAAGCUAAACCAAUAAAAAUGAAUUGGCAAAAGGGAUGCUAGAAAUUCAACUGAAGACCGAAAGCAAGUACAGGUCCAACAUUAAAGGGAAGUCUCAGAAGUCAUGGUCCAGUGAUGACACCAUGGGGGUAACAGCCAGAGGACACAGCUUCAUCAUACUAAAGAAAUCACAGCCAAGUAUAUGGGGACCUAACAUCCUUGUGGAGAUAACCUGUGGCAAACCAAGAUGAAAACCUUUUUUAGCUAAUUUUCUUUAAUGAAUCCACUGUUCUCCAGGACUCUGAUUUUCUGUUAGGGUACUAAUAUACAAAAACUGACACAUGGCUGCAGCCUUUACUUCUUCCUCCAAAAUAAGAUUCUCCUCAAA